AAUAAUAAAAUCUUUAAAAAAUAAAAAAGGAAGGGGUCUGGGGAAGGAUGAGGACACCUCAGAAUACCAGUCCUGACUCUCUAGGUGACUUACAGGCAGGACGAAGUAGAACACAGGUACAUUUUGGAAUUAGAAGGAUGGGAUUAGGAUCCCAGUUGCAUUGACUUCCUAGCUGUGUGACCAUGAUCAGAUUACUUGGUCUCUCUGUGUCUCAGUUUCUCCAUCCGUAAAAUGGGCUGUAAUGAUUACUUACAGUAUUUUUGAGGAUUUGAUGUGAUAAUAUAGGUGAGGUGCCUAGCAGGGAGUAGGGCUCAUCGUGGGUCCUCAAAGUUAGUAACAAUUACUCUCAUUCCCAUAUUCAUGAUUAUAUGAACACCAAUACAUCAAAAACCAUUUUAGUUUAAACCAAGACCUCGAAGAGAGCCAAAAUAGAGAUUUACAGCUUGAUGAAUUAUCACAAAGUGAACGAGACCAUGUAAACACCAUCGGGUAAAAUGAGAACACGGAAGCCUCUUUGUCCUCCCCGUCUGCAGGAUUCCUGCUCUCUUCUCGCCGAGUAGCCAUUUACUUGAACCUCUUGCAUGCAACAGAUGUUUCAUGGGGUCUCCUGGAUUCCAGGCACCAGACCACAGUGGACACAGCAGGCCAGGGUGCGUGUCCUCAUGGGGCUUACAUUCUAGGAGGAAGAGCCAGGUAACAAAAAUGCUCAUGAGUAUGUUCAUAGGUUGAUUUCCGAAAAUGCUCAGUAUUAUGAAGAAAAUAAGCUAGGUCAUGGCCAUCGUGGGGUUUUCUGAAAGGGUGAUCUAGGAAGACCUUUCUGCAGAAACGACAUUUGAGAAGAGCAGCCUGUGUAGAGAGGGCAAGUAUUGAGGUGGGAAUGAGUGGGGGUCGUGUCUGAGGAAUAGGAAAAAGGCCAGAAUGGCAUGAGAAAGUGGUCCUUGAAUCAGCAGGGUCCACGUCAUGAUGGCCUGAUAGACUUGGGACAAAAUUGGGUUUGUCCUCAUUUAAGUGGGCUUUAAGAUCACUUGUAAUCAGUACCAUGAGAGAAGCCAAGGACCAGGGAAGUUCAGAAGAGACAGCGAUUGCUUCCACUCUUCCUACAGUGUCUUGCUGAACAUUGUAUAGCGCGUUUUCUUUUAUAAAGCGUGCUCGCACGUAGGAUUUCCAUGGGUCCUUGAGGCCACUCUAAGAGGUCCACAAGAAAGGUAGGAUUAUUUCCUGUCAGAGGAGGACCACUGAAGCUGUGAGGGCUUAUGGCCUGUUGCAGGACUCUUUACCACACCAAGGAGCCCACUGAUCCUCACAUUUGGAUUACUGUGUCAUAAGGGCUCAGAAUCUUCCUGUCUAAGAAACAAACUAACUCCUGCAAGUGACAGGUAGUCUUGUGUCUUCUAAAAGGUUAUCAUAGAAUAUCAGGGACAAACAGUUCUCAUAGAGAAGGGGUCCUGGGUUGAGUGAAUGAGGACAUGGGGCACAGCAACUCCUCCCCACUGAGGCUUCUCAAAGUGAAAAGCUGUGAAGCCUCUGGGAAGCUCUGCAGUAAAGAAAUGCAGUCACCUCACCAUUGCCUGGAGCUGGGCAUAGGACCUGUGUUUAUAUGCAAUAGCCAUUGACAUCUCAAGGAAUACAAGUCCUGGACAUGCCAUUUGGGAAAUACUAGCCCAGAGAGUUGCUAGUUAGUGUUUACUAAAUGGUGUCUUGAAAGAAUUCAAUUACUUUCUGAGCAUAAAACUCCUCUCUCCGUGAAAGGAUUAGAAACCACAGAUGUAAAGCGCUUCCAUAUGCUUAGCAUGAAGAACCUGGAUAAAUGGAGAUUCAAAGUGAUGAAAAUCAUAAAUCCACUCCUGUUUUGAACACUAAUGUUAAUUACUUUGCCCUUUGGACUCCCAGCAUUUCCGUUAGUGCUGUGCGGUGAUUGGCUUAUACUUCUGGAUUCUAGGAUGUGGAAGCUGGAACCGGUUUCAUCUGGUUUAGAAGAUAAGUGUUCUAAAUGACACAUGGCUUUGAUUUUGGAUUCUUAUCUACAACAAUAUAUAUUUAUAAAGGAAAGAGUCCAUUUACAGAUCACUUGCAAUCUCCUGUACCUGUUUCCAUAUGGAUUCCUUUUUUUUUUUUUUUUCCUCUUACCUAGGGAGUUACACAACCGUCCCUGCACUUGCAGGAGAUGCUUUUGAUAGAUGUUCCCAGAAACCACACUGAGCCCUGGCAAAGUUAGUGGAAAGUGCCUGAUUCACUUCUAACUUCGACUUUGUAAUUCCUCACAGAUUUUCACAUCGCUUCACACCUUUGUUUCUCUCUGUUUCUUAGCUCCAGCUCCAUCUGUGUUGUCUCCUUCAUUUUGCUAACUCCGUGGUCUACACUUUUAAAAAAUGUGAGUGUUACUUUAUUUUAAUACUCUGCACUGCCUGAAGUUCAGCAUUUCUUAAAUUAGGGUUCCCAAAGCAAAACUUCUGAAAUAUGUGAAAACCUAGAGGUAAAUGGGGCUCUUUAAUGCAGGACUUCUCAGUGCCUUUAAUAUUCUUUAAUAUGCAUCAUUAAUCUUCAGAAGAGAGACCAAAUAGCACUUUCCUGACUGAUUUAACUAUCAAACCUUUACCUUGACCUUUUUAAUAGCAACUUGUAGGAACGUUAUUCUGCAAAUCUUGCUUUGGAAAAUGCUGCCCUAGGAUCCAUCUCAAACCUCUCGGCCUGCAUUUCACUGCGUUUUGCCCCAGCUCCCCUUGGGUUAUCUGUCCCAGCCAAACUAAUUAUUUUAUAAUCCUCCUAAAACACUUUGCAUUUCUCCACUUUUAGUCUAACCUCGUGAUGUUCCCUCUCUCCUCUCCUUAGAUCCAAUGAUCUUUCCUCACAAGUCGGGAAUGCUUUAUUUUCUUUUCUUGGCACCUGUGUGAGACAUCACAGCUCUUCAAAUCCCAGCUCCUCUGGGAAGAUUUUCCUGACCACCACAAUCUACAAAGAAUCUUUCUUAGCGUUCUUAUCGUCUGUAUCACAGUGUUCACUAGUAUUAUAAAUGUUUAUGCCCCCGUGGUUUCUCACGUGUGUGUUUUCUCUGCUCCUGGAGGCUGAAAGCUCUGUGUGUGUGUGUGUGUGUGUGUGUGUGUGUGUGUUUAAUCUCUAGUUGAGCUUUGUACACAGGGAAAACUCCGUUGAGUGAAAAGGACAGUUUAUAUUUUGUUUUGAAGACUAAUGAUUCAUUCUCUCACUUCCUGGAUAAGGUGCGGAGUGUGGGUGGGAUUGUUGGUUUACCUGCCGCCUGGGCCAUGAGGUGGACAGAGUCUAUAGAAGACGAGUGAAUAAUUGCCAUGGAAAUUGCAACAAGCAAACAUAUUCAGCGCACAGAGGGUGCCAAGCUCUGUGAAGAACAGCACUGUUAUUUUCCCUAAAUGAGCUGGCAGUCUGUUGGGGGAGAUAUAUACAAUUUAAUAAAAGGCCAUGCUCGUAGUACCAAAAACCAUUAUAGGAAUACAGAAUUCAGGAUGGUUAGUGUUGGGUGAGGAGGGCUGCUGGAAGGCAGAUACAAGGAAUUUAAGAGAUGCAAAGAAAAAGACUCACCAGAGAGGACAUAUUGAUGUAGGCAAAAAGAGUAAGUGGAAUUGGGAGUUUGGGAGUAGAGGGGAAGGAAAGCAGAUGCUUUGCAGAGGAAAAGCAGCAAGAAUGAGGUCCAGAAAGCUAUAGUUUGCUCGGGGAAGUAUCGUGGAGAUGGAGGUAGAAUUUUGGGGGGUUGUAUUGUGGAAGCCUUUUUACCACAUAGGCGUGGAGAGGCCGUUAAAACAGGGUUCAAGCCACUAAGGGAUGUGGUCAGAUGUUUGGGCAAAGUGGAAGGGGGAGUUGACCGUAGCUGAGAAAAAAUGAGGGUCCAGCGGGGGUGAUCGUGGAUCCAAUCCAUCUGUCUUGGUUAUCAACAGCAGAUCUGGGUCAGAGGAGUCGAGAAAACCGCCAGCCUUGUCGGGGCGGGGGGGGGGUGUAGACAGGGAUGAAUGUGCAGGUGGGAUUUCAGCUCCUUUGGCGAGACGUAGGCGCUGCAGAUGCCGUAAGCCCUUGCCCUGCACCUUUUCACGGCUGCACCUUCGCUGGUUCUCUGAUGACAAGGGCUCAGCCUGUGCAGGAGGGUAAACUAGGCCCUGAACAAGUGUUCCACGGGCCUGGAAGUCUCAUCACUGGUCUCCCCCGGAGUCUCUCUCCAGGUUUCUCUAGCGAGCAGCCUCCACGAGAUCCCAUUCUACCGAGCUAGGAAAGAAUGUUUUCCGUGGAGAACCCGUUCUGACACUCUCGAGAUCCUGUUUCUCCUGGUGUUAGGAGUAGGAUGGUUCCGUCUUCAGAGCUGCAGGGUAUGAUUUAAGAGCCAUCUGUUUUAAUCAGGCCUUUCCUGUGAUUUAUGGAGAAGAGGAGGAUGUAGGGGGAGGGGGCUGGUAUAGACUGUAUUCUCCUAAUUAUAUCAGGAUUAUUAUGCAAGGACCAGAGGCCCAGGCCAUGGUGUGUUUAUAUUAUUUAAUGCCAUUGUUGUUUUUCCUCUAAUUAUCCUUUAGCUUAAAGUUUCAAAGCCCUUCGUGAGGGUUUCUAAAACUGCAACAAUUUAUAUUUUUGGAGCUCUCAGACUUUGGAUUUUUAACAUAAAAUAACACAAUAUUUAUCUUAUGCGUAGAACUAUGCAUAACAUCUCCCUGCAUGCAAAAACGCUUAACGGUUGUAUAGCAUUUACUGUGGUUCAAAGAUUUGUUCUAUGUGCCAGACAUGAUACAAGUUCAUCUAAUCUCCUAGGAAGCCCCUGAAGGAGAUCCCGAUGUGAUUACCACCAUGAGACAGGUGGGGGUACUGGAGGAGAGGGAGGUCUUACUAGGAGGAAUGCCACAGCUGAGAUUCAAACCCAGGCCCCUGAGAUCCGCAGUCUGCCCACACAAAUGUGCCUCCACACGACUUUUCCUUGGGUGAUUUUCACAUUUGCUACAAUGUGGAAAGAUGCUGUGAGUGCCAUUUUUCUAAAAGAAAAAAAAAAAUAGAUACGUACUUUUACACAGAUGUUCCAGAUAGGAAUGAUGCAUUCCUGCUGUUGAUCCCUUUCCCUUCCAGAAAUUCUUGUGGAAAAUAUAAGUGAUGUAAAAACUUGCAAGGUGGACUUGGUUUUUAGGAUGUGGUAGAGAAAGUGGAGUGACUUGAAAGUCAAAAGGAGUGAGUUUCAAUCUGAGCAUUGACUCCGACGAGCUCUGGGACUUUGUGCAAAUUGCAUUUUCCAAAGCCUGUUCUUGAUGGGUGAGUUGAUUCCAGCUUUAAAGUUCCAUGAAGCUGUAACACAGAACGGUGGAGAGAAGGUUCUGGCUGCCUUUGAGAGAGACGUAGGGUGAGGUCUCGUUCCUUUUAGGAUGACCAGACCUCGUGGAACUUUGCUGGAAGGUGUGGGACUGGGUGGAGCGGGGCUGGCGGGGUCUGCCAAGGAAACAUCACCCGCAGGUGAUGUGUCACCAAUCAGCAUGUCUCCCAUCAGUCAAUCUCAGUUUAUCCCACUGGGGGAAAUCCUUUGCUUGGCCAUCUCGGCAAUGAACUCCGCCAGAAAACCUGUCACCCAAGAGGCGCUGAUGGAGCACCUGACCACAUGUUUCCCAGGUGUUCCCACCCCGAGCCAAGAAAUUCUGCGGCACACAUUGAACACGCUGGUGCGGGAAAGGAAGAUCUACCCGACUCCGGAUGGCUAUUUCAUCGUGACCCCACAGACUUAUUUCAUUACUCCUUCUCUCAUAAGAACUAACAGUAAAUGGUACCAUUUGGAUGAGAGGAUACCUGACAGGUCUCAGUGUACCUCUCCACAACCCGGAACCAUAACGCCCUCUGCCUCAGGCUGCGUCAGGGAAAGAACAUUGCCCAGAAACCACUGCGACUCUUGCCACUGCUGCAGAGAGGACAUGCACAGCAUGCACGCUUCCACUCUGCAGAGGAAACCCGCCAAGGACUGCAAGGACCCCUAUUGCCCUCCUUCACUCUGCCAGGUGCCACCCACGGAAAAGAGCAAAAGUACUGUAAAUUUUUCUUAUAAGACAGAAACUCUCUCAAAACCUAAAGAUAGUGAAAAGCAGUCAAAAAAAUUUGGGCUAAAGUUAUUCCGGCUAAGUUUUAAAAAAGAUAAGACCAAACAGCUAGCCAAUUUCUCUGCCCAGUUUCCUCCUGAGGAGUGGCCCCUGCGAGAUGAAGACACACCAACUACUAUCCCUAGGGAAGUGGAAAUGGAAAUCAUUAGGCGUAUUAACCCGGACUUGACCGUGGAAAAUGUCAUGAGGCACACUGCACUAAUGAAGAAACUUGAAGAAGAAAAAGCGCAUAGGAGUAAAGCUGGGUCCUCUGCCCAUCACAGUGGAAGAAGUAAAAAGAGUAGGACUCAUCGAAAGUCCCACGGAAAAUCUCGGUCACACAGCAAGACACGAGUGUCUAAAGGAGACCCUUCGGAUGGUUCUCAUCUGGAUAUCCCAGGUGACAGAGAGUAUGACUUUUGUGAUCCACUUACCAGGGCACCCAGGGAGGGCUGCUUCAUCAUUGAACACAAAGGAGAUAACUUCAUCAUGCAUAGCAACACGAACGUGAUUGAGUCUCAUUUCCCCAUGACACCAGAAUGGGAUGUGUCUGGGGAAUUGGCCAAAAGGAGAACUGAGAUGCCUUUUCCUGAACCUUCCAGGGGAAGCUCCCACUCAAAAGUGCACCGAAGCCACAGCCAUACCCAGGACCGAAGGUCCAGGAAUGAGAGAUCCAGCAAAGCCAAGGAGAGAUCCAGAUCGAUGGAUAACUCAAAGGGCCCUCUGGGUGCUUCUUCUCUAGGGACACCAGAAGACCUGGCUGAAGGCUGUAGCCAAGAUGACCAAACCCCCAGCCAAUCCUACAUUGACGACAGUACUUUAAGGCCUGCACAAACAAUUGGUCAUCAAAGGGCUCAUGUUUCGUCCACGAGCUAUAAAGAGGUGUGUAUUCCAGAAAUAGUCAGUAGCAGCAAGGAACCUUCUAGUGCAUGUAGCCUUUUGGAGCCAGGCAAACCACCUGAGAGCUUGCCAUCCUAUGGGGAACUCAACUCUUGUCCAACAAAAACAGCUACAGAUGAGUAUUUCCAGUGCAACACCUCCAGUGAGACGGUGCUCACGGCACCAUCGCCUCUGGGAAAGAACAAAGAGGAUCGUGACACUCUGACGCUGGCGGAGGGGGCGAAAAAGCUGCCUCUGUCCGAUAGGCAGGCCCCGCAUUCUUCCAGAGAGCCAGUGGGGCACAAGGAGGAGUCACCAAAAGGGCCAGGGGGGGGCCCAGCUGCUUCGGGCGCAGUGGCAGAAGGCAUUGCCAAUGGACGCCUCGCCCAGCACCACAGUGCUGAGCCCAGCAGUCUGGACAAGAGGAAAGAGAUAUUCAGCAAAGACACACUGUUCAAACCUCUUCACAGCACCUUGUCUGUAAAUAGCUAUCACAAACCGAGCCUGUCCCUCCUCAAAUCUCUCCCGAAGACACCUGCCGACACACUGCCAGGCCGAUGUGAGAAACUGGAGCCGUCCCUGGGGACCUCGGUGGCACCAGCCAUGCCUGGUUCCCAGCGUCAGCAGGAGUCGGGGGGGAACCAGGAAGCCUCUUUUGACUAUUACAAUGUGUCCGAUGACGACGACUCUGAGGAAGGGGCAAACAAGAACACCGAGGAGGAAAAAAACAGAGAUGACGUAGGCACCAUGCAGUGGCUCCUUGAGAGGGAGAAGGAAAGAGACUUACAGAGGAAAUUUGAGAAGAACCUCACCCUCCUGGCCCCAAAAGAAACCGACAGUAGCAGCAACCAGAGAGCCACCCAUUCAGCACGUCUCGACAGCAUGGACAGCAGCAGCAUCACUGUGGACAGCGGAUUCAACUCCCCACGCACUCGGGAGAGCCUGGCUUCCAACACGUCAAGCAUUGUUGAAAGCAACCGUCGUCAGAACGCUACCUUGAGCCCGGUCCACGGGGGAGCCGGCCCGGCCUUCAGCUUCCGAGCAAGCACGGACCCCGCAACCAGCGAAGCUGAGAAGUUACAGAAACCUUCCAACUGCUUGCAAGCUUCUGUUACUAGUGUGUGACGGUCGUUCUGCCUCAGAUCUCCUGUCUCAUUCGAUACAGCCAAGUUUACGACACUGGGACUGAUGUUUACAUCUUGGGAAAGACAAGCAUCUCGACCACAGUUUUUGUGUUUACUUAAACUGUGCUGCUAAGUAGGCUAGGGCAAAAAAACAAAAAUCUUUAUUUCAGAGUAUUGCUUUUCACAUUUAUGGCUCUGUAGCAACCGAAUAGCAGUAGGGGUGAUAUGUAUACUUUUGCUUCACUACUUGUAACUGAGCAUACAUAGGAAAGUCUAGACACUGUAAGUGUGAUACGCAUUCCAAUGUCAUGAAGUUGCCAAUUCCAUUUUUAAAUGCCACAGAUGCGUGUUGCUCCCAGUCUGUGGUCAGAGGGUGCCACGGAACUGAUCCUUGACACUUCCCCCCCUCCAAAAAAAAAGAAAAAGAAAAUGUAAGCCACCACAAAAUGUCAAAUGCCAGGGUCCACCUUGAGGGAAAUCAAUGUCAAACUGACCAGAAGGGACCCCAGCCCUUUGUGUGUGAGUCGUUUAUGCACGAGUCAUUUCUCACUGUGAGUUUUCAUGACAUGAUUUUGCAGGAGCCUGUGGAAGUGUGUCAGAAGGGAUCGUGACCGAAAUUCUGGGAGUGUGUGUUUUCAGGAUUUUGUUUUUAAGUGUAACAGAUGCUUGUCUGAUUUUUAACCUUCCAUAAUCACAAACAGGAAUAUAGGCCUUUGAUUCUGAAGUGGACGAAGGAAGGGGAUCCCCAGCCUGGCUGGGGCACAGUGCUAAGGGGUGGAAGAGGGAAAUGUGGACUCUUUAACGGUGUCAAUCAAAUAUUUAAGGAAGAUAAUUUCCUCCUUGGGAUGCUUAUGAUGAUCCUAUCUUACUAUAAUAGAUACGAUAAUUAGUUUGUUUAAAAGCAAAAUGUUCUUUGUGAUACAAAUGAAGAGUGUGGCCUGGGGAUGUUAUUCUUUCUAAUGGAAGGACAUUAAUCUAUUUUAUGUAGUUUUAAAUAGAAUGCCUAAAUUAGGCUAUGGGAGAUCAUUUUUAGUGGUUAUAGGAAAGAGCAAAGUUAGGGAGAGUUGAACUUCAGGCCUUUUAUUCCUGGAAAGAUAUCUAUAGAGAAAACUUUAAAAUAAUUUUUGAUUAGAAAUAUACAUGUGCCCAUGUAAUUACCAACAGAAUGUGCUCAUUCUGCAAGUAUGGUAUAAUCCGAACUUGUACUCCCCUGAAAUUUAUCAGAGUAACAAUUAUGCAUACAUGAACUAUGCCAGAGUAAUGUUUACAGAUACUUUGUAACCAAUUUCAGGAGGCGUUUUUAGGUGGAUGGAUAGUUAUGAGCCCAACUUACUUCAAAAUGGUUUAUUAACAUUUUGCUUUGGUUUACAAUGUCACGUUGAAUACAAAGAAGACUCAGCAGCAAAGGGAUUACGAAUAAUCGAGCUUCAACUUUACAGAAAAGAGACAUUUCAAAGUUCUCCAUUUUAUUCUAUGAGAACAAGGGGCUAAACGUGUAGAUAAUGAAAAAUUACUUGCAGAAGGGUUACAUAUGACACAAGUAAAUGGUCUGACCAAAAGUUUAGUUUAGUGGCAUAUGAUGUUUGGAGCCAUCUAACCAUAAAAUAUAUAUCCAAAAAUAAAUCUAAAAUCUUUCCACCUCAGACUUCGGUAAUUGGCAUAAAAUGUGUGAAACAUUCCCGCUUCAGUAGUAAGUUCAAUCACUAGGGAUCUGUUUAAAGAACGCGCUCCUAUACAGAGUUGGACCGAUUCUUGAAACAUAUGGAUACUCUCUCAUGCUUUUUCAGAUAUUUGGAAGUUGCAUUAGGUCAAACUGGACUCAUCGAGUUUAGUCUAGAUUCCUUGUUUUGUGCUUAUAAUGAAACGUAAGCACAUUUCUUGGUAAAUCCCAUACCACUAAAAUGCUUAAGUCAGUUGGAUUUCAGUCUCAUGCCUUAUUUCCUCCAAGGCAUGCCCUGAUUGCCCAGAAAUGCACUAUUUGUCUCAUUGCUUAAAUAUGUCCAGGAGGAAUGAUAAUGUAUCUAAUAGACUAUACACAGAGUCUGUUUCCUUGGGGAGUUAUAUACCAUACGGUUACUAAAUUCUUGUCUAAAUUCCUUUUUUUUUCCCAAAAAACCUGCUCUCAAGUGUUGAAUCGUACCAUCAAUUCAUAAAUAAUGUAACCAUUGAAACAAUACAUCAGCCUCUCGUUGAUCCUCUGAAAGUAGCCAUUAUAAUAAUCAAAUGCUGUGUGGACAGGAAAGGAAAGCAUUACCUUAAAGAGAAGCUUUAAAAUAGGAAUUUAUCAAUAUUUCACAAGAAAUAGGUUUACAGAAGACAUUAUUCAAAUAAAAUGUGUAUACUAUUUGCCUGAUGCUAUGGGGUACAUGAUUUUAAAAACAACAACUCCCUUAGACCUGGAGCCAUUAGCAUAGAAAAGAUGGGCUUUAAAGAUGCUACGACGUAAGCAGACGUUCUGUGUGCAAGUGUCCCCGUCUGCAUCUAAUCAGGAGUCGUGGUUGGGGGAGGCGUGGUGGCAGGAAGCAUUGUUACAGAUGUGACCCGAGAUGGUCCUCGGACUGCAGGCCAGCUUCUCAGUGACCGAACCCUCAGCCCACGCCAAGCUUUGCCAACAUCCUUUUCCUCCCCUGAACUGAUAGCUUUGUGUGACGUGGCUGCUUAUCUAGUCUUCACUUGGAGUUUAUCAGCUGAAAGGUUUACAGAACUGAGUCUGGUUGAAUCUCUGUGUAGCGUUCAACUUGAAAGGGUCAACCCGUCUGUCGGCAUUUUGCACACUUAUGUAUUAUUAUGAUGCAGCAUAUUACUUUAUGGCAAUUUUUAUUUUUACAUAGAACUACCUCCAUGAAUUUGAUGAAGCGGCAGCAGUGUGUUUAAAGUGUAUCGUUCGGAAAAGCAAAGUUGAAAACCUCCGUAAACACGAGGCCAUGCGUUCUGUGUGUGUGUCAGUGACCGCCCCUGUGGACUCGUGACUUCUUCAUGGCCGUGGUUUUGUUUUACGGCAUUAUCGCGCUUUCAGAUGUAAGCCUGUCUCUCCUCUCUUUCCCACUGAAGCACACUUGAUUUUGUUACCGACGAAAGGAAGUUGACAUUUCUUGUCUUUCCCCACCCCCCUCCCCCACCCCCGUUCCUGCUAAGAGUUCUCCCCGAUGAAGAGCCGAUCGGCAAACAUAAUUUAGCAAGCUAUUUACUCCUGUAAGAAUCUGAUUGGGGAAUCCUAGGUUUCCAGUAACUGACGACACACACAAGUCUGGACCGUGCCGGCUUUGAAGUACUUUGGGCCUCUCUGCCUCUACUCACAUGCUACCAUCCCGAGCCCAGACUUCAUUUUAACGAAAAGAGCUGUGUUCUGUUCAAUAAGUUGUAUUCCGUUUUAUAUAUUUUGCACAUCUCAGGGGACCUUAAUGAGCAUAUGAAAAGGGGGGGUGCCAUCAAAUAGAGAAGACAAAGAGAAGAGCUGAAUGGGGACCAACCAGGAUAAAAAUACCAAAUUAGUGCAUCUCUAAUGUUGUAAAGCCCAAGUUCAGGAGGCAUAAAUUGAAAGUUAAUGUGGACUAACAAUGAUCUGAACACCAGCUGUUCCCAAGUCUCCCUUUCUCAGAGCCCAGCCAGCGGUUCGAAGAUGUAAAUUUAAAUUCUAUCGCAAUCGCCAUGGGGAGAAAAACCUGUUGGAUGAAAAGGAAAGCAUUGUGUGCUUUUUUUUUUUUUUUUUUUUUUUAGGUUGGCACAGCUUUGUAAAAUCCUACCCAGGAUAAAAACCACUUACCGCCACCAAGUGUACUUGAAAAUAAAGUUUUUAACUUAAAUUAUAGGCGUAUAGCUUACAAUACAAUAGUGAACCUAUUUUGAAAAGUGUCGCCAUUUGUAACAUGGGCAGUAUUUGGAGCUUGAUUAAAAGCCAACAACAAGCUAUCAUGACUUUGCCAGUUCACUUUGGGAUCUCAAAGUGCUUCCAAAGCAUUCAGAUUGACAAACAGUUAACAAAGCAGGUCCUAUUUGUAAUACCCAUACUUGAAAUGGACAGACAGAAGGAGGGACCUCAGAUUACCCAGAAAUUCCAUGGCAGCUACCAGUGAUCUGUUUUCUAUCUGUUUGAUAGACCAUCAUGAGAAAUCACUAAAUACAAUGCUAUUUUUCUGAUGCGUGCUAAUAAAGAAAACAAAUACAACUGUACACUUUUGUCCAUUUUCAUUCAAAAAGUUCAGGGUGUUUGGAAUUUUACAAAACCCACCCAAAUGCCGUUGCGGUUCGAGGCAGAUCCUAGACAUACACCCUCGUUUACAGUUUCCUAUUGGGCUUCUGUAAUUCCUGUGCUAAAAUACCACCCUUCAGGAACAUGACUGCUCCGGGCAGUGGAAGGUGCUGAAACAGAAAUUGUAAUUAAAAACUUUAUCAAGUACUCUUCCCUGUGCUGCUAUAACGCACUAGAAAUUCAAUACAAUAUAUUGAGUCCUACCUGGAAGAAUCUGGAUUUCCGAGGGAGCCAAUCUAGUUCUCAGUGUUUUUUCUCAAAUCAGGAGAUACCAGAUCCUUGCUGAGGAUCUUCUCCAUUGCCAUAGGCCUGCCACAGAACCAGCUAGCCGCACACUGUCAGGCAACAGCCGACCCCCAAGCAGAAGUGACCCUGUCCUCUCCUUCCCCCCCAGCCCCACCCCUCCCCACCAUCCUGCGGGUUCUCUUCUGUUAACGAGCCAGGCUUCUGCACAUGUCUACGGCUUGGGGAAGCCAGAACACAGGAAGGACGAAUGCAAAAGCAUGGAAAACACUGUUUUGCUUGGGGUUAGUAAAAUACGGGCAGGAAGAAGAUUACUAUCGCUCUGAUCUUUGCCAAGUUCGGUAAAAGAAUCAGCUGUCACUUCGUCAUUCUCCCAGAAGGUUUUACAGUAUUAAGGAUACGUCCAAUAUUUUCCCAUAGAUUUUUUUUUAGGAGACAUUUCAUAAAUUAUAUAUGCGAAAAAAAAUUCAUGAUUAAAUUUCUGGCGUGUUUCAAAUAGGCGUUGGCACCUCCCUGAUUGCGUUACUCUCGGCGUCUUUUGCAGCAGCAUCCCAGAGACAGAUUCCCCAGUGAGUGCCCCUCUAACCCAUACUCCUGUGUUUUUACUGUUGUUCUAUGACUUACGGUUGCUGAUUGGCAAGGUUGAGAAUUCUACAAGGCUCAAGGGGGACUAAACCUUCUUAUGAUUGUAUAUUAUCAGUUAUAGGGCUUUAAUUGCUCAUUGUUGGCUUCAAAUGCAAACACACACACACACUCACGCACACACACACACAC